AUGGUUGCCAGAUACAGACUCCAGAUAGUUGAGCCCCCAACUCUACCUUUGGCCAUAAAACCCAAUCCCGACGGAGAUGGACCCAAUUUUGAGCCCAACCUGUGGAUGUGGGUAAACCCUAACAUCGUGUACCCCCCUGGAGAGCUGGAGGUCCCAGAGCCCAGUAAGAGGGAGGACCUGACACUCCCCGACCCUCCACUGCCCUCCGAGGAGGAAGAUUCCAACUCCUCAGAGGCCACGGUCACAGAAUCACAGCCACCUUCCUCUGGCGAGCAGUCUCCCCCACGGAAGCGGUUUGCCUCUUCCCCCAGCAACCGGGAGCUCACAGAAGAGGAGGCAGAGGACCAGGAUGACAGCUCCUCUGUGGCUCUCCCAUCCCCUCACAAAAGGGCCCCCCUCCAGAGUCGGAAGCUUCAGCAAACCGACAGCCAGAAGGGGCGGCUCUGGCCCCGGCCCCCACUCAAUUACUUCCACCUAAUUGCCCUGGCAUUAAGAAACAGUCCCCCCUGUGGCCUCAACGUGCAACAGAUCUACAAUUUUGCUCGACAGCAUUUCCCUUUUUUCCGGACGGCUCCAGAAGGCUGGAAGAAUACCGUCCGCCACAACCUCUGUUUUCGGGACAGCUUUGAGAAGGUUUCGGCCAGCACGCAGGGUGAGGCCAGUACACGGCCUCGGUCCUGCCUCUGGAGGCUGACUGAGGAGGGACACCGCCGCUUUGAGGAGGAGACCCAUGCCUUUGACACCACGCGGCUGGAGCGUAUCCAGCAGUGCAUGAGCCAACCAGAUGUGAUGCACUUCCUCUUUGACUUUUAA